GGCUCGACAGCGGGCACCGCGUCAUCUGGCAAGGCAGUGGGCUCCGAGUCAACUGGCAUGACCGCGGGCACUGGGUCAGAUAUUGGAUCGUCUGGCUGGACAGAGGGCAACGGGUCACCAGGCAUCAGGUCAUUUGGCUCAACAGCGGGCACCGCGUCAUCUGGCAAGACAGUGGGCACCAAGUCACCAGGCACGACAGUGGGCUCUAAGUCAAUUGGCACGACAGCGGGCACCGGGUCAUCAGGUACCGGAUUGUCUGGCUCGACAGUGGGCAUCGGGUCACCAGGUAUGACAGCGGGCACUGGGUCACCAGGCAUCAGGUCAUUUGGCUUGCCAGCGGGCACCGCGUCAUCUGGCAAGGCAGUGGGCACCGGGUCACAGGCAUUGGAUUGUCUGGCUCGACAGCGGGCAUCGGGUCAACUGGCCUAAUAGGAUCAUCAGGCUGGAUCAGCUGGGUACAGGCAUCAGGCUGGGUACAGACCUCAGGCUGAA